CGAGAGAAUUCAUUAUCUUUUAUUACUUGCUUUAAAGAUAAAUAUUUUAAAUCUUAUAAAAUUCUAUAAAUAGUUGAAGAAACCAGCGAGGUUGCCGUAUUUUAUCUUCGACGAAACGACGCGCUUCGAGUGAGAGAAAAAGAGCUGGUUAUCUUCUUUUCUUUGUGUUCUUUGAUUUCGUCUUCUAAAAGGAGGAAUGGCAAAGAGUUACUUCAAGCAAGAGCAUGAUUUUGAGAAGAGACGUGCAGAGGCUGCUAGAAUUAGGGAAAAAUACCCAGACAGGAUUCCGGUGAUUGUCGAGAAGGCUGAGAGAAGUGAUAUUCCGAACAUAGAUAAGAAAAAGUACCUUGUCCCAGCCGACUUGACAGUAGGACAGUUUGUCUAUGUAAUACGUAAAAGGAUCAAACUGAGUGCAGAGAAAGCUAUUUUUAUAUUUGUGGACAAUGUCCUCCCACCUACAGGGGCAAUCAUGUCCGGAAUAUAUGAUGAGAAGAAGGAUGCAGAUGGGUUUCUCUACGUCACUUACAGUGGAGAGAACACGUUUGGAUAUGAGAUACCACAUUAGUGAUUGAUUCUUUGGGCAUUGCGGUUGUUUCAUUGACAGUUCACCAUCUUUGCCUGCAUCGUGAUAAUCUCCAUUCCCCUUCAUUAUUGUGCUUAUUUUAUGAAGACAAUGUCGUUGGCAAUAUGUACAGUAUAUUUUGUAUAUAAAACCCUGCACGAUGUUAGAAACUCUUGCUUCAUGCUUUAAAUAAUUAAAUUCAUACUAUCUCUUGCUUCUA